AUGGACGGCAGACCCGCCCUAGGAAAAGUAAACGAUCUUGCUACUUUAGCGAAACUCGACGAUAAAGUUCUUCUGGAUGAAUUAAGAGAGAGAUACAGAAAUAAUGAUAUAUACACUUAUGUUGGAGACAUAUUAAUUGCUGUGAACCCGUUCCGGGAGAUUCCAGGGCUGUAUGAAGAUGCUGAAAGUCAGCGAUAUUUCUUGGAGCAAAAGAGUUCUAAUCCUCCCCACAUAUUUGCUAUUGCUGACUCGACAUAUCAGAACAUUAUUGGCUAUGGAGGGCGGGUUCCACAGAAUCAGUGUGUUCUCAUUAGUGGGGAAAGUGGAGCAGGAAAGACCGAAAGCACCAAGCUCAUCAUCAAGCAGUUGGUCGAGCUUUGUAGGGGCAACACCCAACUGGAACAGCAAAUUUUACAGGUGAAUCCUCUUCUGGAAUCAUUCGGAAAUGCUCAAACUCUGAUGAAUGACAACUCCAGUCGCUUUGGGAAAUACAUACAGUUGAUGUUUAAAGAAGGCCAUGUAAUGGGAGCAAAGAUAUCAGAAUACUUGCUGGAGAAAUCCAGGGUUGUCAGCCAGGGCAAGAAUGAGGAGAACUUCCACAUAUUUUACUACAUGUUUGCUGGUUUGUCCAAGGAAUACAAGGCAGCACACCAUCUUCAAUCAGCUGACAAAUUCAGAUACCUGACCAAUGGGGCAUCCUCCCUGAAGAGGGACCCUGAUUUGAUGAAAAGUCGGUACGAGGAGCUGGUCAAUGCUAUGGAUAUGGUGGGAUUUACAGAUGAGGAGCAAAUGAGUACUUUUAAUAUGAUAGCUGGCGUGCUUCACCUCGGCAAUGUCACCUUUGAUAUGGAUGAUAACGAUGCAGCUUUCAUACAGAAUGAGAAUGGAGCCGUCAAAUUUGCAUCUCAACUGCUCGGGAUUAAUACACAAGAAGUUGUGGGUACACUUACUUCAAUGGUCACUUUUACCCGUGGAGAACAAGUCAAGCGUAAUUAUACCGCAGAACGGGCUAGAGAUGCAUGUGAUGCCAUGGCUAAAGCUAUCUAUGGGCGUCUGUUUGGAUGGAUUGUCAACAAAGUAAACCAGUUAUUAGCCCCUCCUAGAAUACAUGCAGAACAGAGAGAGAUUGGUAUUUUGGACAUCUUUGGUUUUGAACAUUUUGAGAAGAACAGCUUUGAACAAGCAUGCAUUAAUCUGGCCAAUGAACAGCUGCAGUUUUUCUUUAAUCAGCAUGUUUUCAAGCUGGAGCAGGACGAAUAUACCAAGGAGGGUAUUGACUGGACGGAGAUCAAAUUUGUGGAUAAUCAGCCACUCUUGAAUUUGUUCCUGAACAAACCUAUUGGAAUCCUGUCCUUACUGGAUGAAGAGACCAACUUCCCAAAGGGAACAGAUCAGUCUUUUGUUGACAAAUUGGACAUUCACUUCCAUGGGAAUGGCUACUAUACAAAAUCACAACAGAGUACAUCGGGAAAAUUUACAAUCCAUCAUUACGCUGGCAAGGUGACAUACGACUCAUCGUCCUGGCUGGAAAAGAAUCGAGAUACCCUUCCCCCAGGUGUCAUGGAGAUGUUACAAGGCAGUACAGAUGAUCUUGUUAAGCUCAUGUUUAGGGGUCAGGUAACAAGAACAGGAAGUCUGUCUCUUCAAGCCAGGAAAUCUACAAGCAGACGGACACGAAGAAGCAAGAAACCAUCAAUGGAUGGUCGCAAAAGGAAACUCACUGUUGGAGGUCAAUUUAAGAACUCAUUACAAAUCUUAAUGGAGAGAAUGAUGUCAUCAUCCCCUGUGUUUGUACGAUGUCUGAAGCCGAACCACGUCAAGGUUCCCGGCAAGUUUGACGAGACGUACAUCAGGGACCAGUUAUUGUACACAGGGAUGUUGGAGACAAUUAAAAUAAGAAGAGAAGGUUUUGCAGUUAGACCAUCCUUCCCAGAAUUUGUGGAAAAGUACAAGAUCAUCCUAUGUAAGGCCAGUUUGGAUGGUAACAAACAAAACUGUGUCAAGAUUCUCAAGGCCAGCAAGAUCACUGGGUGGCAAGUUGGGAAAACCAAAGUUUUUAUGAAGUACUACCACCUUGAACAGUUGUCAGAAAUCUUCAAAGUUAUGGGGCAAUCUGCUGUCCACCUCCAGAAAGUUGUGAGAGGUUUCCUGGCCCGACAGCAUGUAAAGGCACAGAGGUUGGAGGCCCAGAAACAGUCUCAACGUGUGUACAAUCUUCUCUCCCAGAUAAAUAAUCUUGCUAUAGAAUUCAGCAACCAUCAACACAGUGCCCGUGUCCAUGACAAAUCCAUUCCUCCAGCCUACUUUAGAAACGGACAAGAUGAUGAGUUACCUCCCCCUCCUGUCCCAUCUUUCGAUGGAAUAGCAACUCCACGAAGUUCAGGGAACAAAUACAUGGAACCUGUUGGUCCAACUUCACGUUCAUUUGGCACUCAAGCUGAUAGCUCUGAUUCUGAUCAGUUCUCGGACGACGAGUUUAAACCAAUAUCAUCCACUCAGUUUGGUACACCAGGGACACGCCAGGCAACAGUCAAAUGGUUCAAGGAAACACAAGCCCAGCAAGUGUAUGACCCUGCGGUUAGUAGUUUCAUCGCUGAAUGGUUCCAUGGCGUUAUCAGUCGAAGAAGCUCAGAGGUUCUUCUUGGUUCCAAACCUGUAGGCUGUUUCCUCAUCCGAGUCAGUGAAAGUCGAUUUGGUUACACCUUGUCAUUCAGAGGUGAGGGGAGAGUGAGACACUACAUGAUUGAUCAACUGCCAAAUAAAAAGUUUGUGAUCGUUGGCGAAAAAAAAGUCCAUCGAACAUUGAAGGAUCUUGUUGAAUACUACAGCACAAAUCAUCUUUCUAACUGGGAUGGAUUUCUGAAUGAAGCUUGUGGACAGGAGGAUGGGAACUGUGACUACCAAGAACUGAUGGCUGAUAGCUAUUACUUUAAGCUUGAGAAAGAGGCACCACCUUCGAGGCCAAUUUCAUCAGGCCCUAGACGACAACAGGCCAGUAGGGUGAGGACAAGUCGUGUCCCAGGAGGGGCCCCAGAGAGAGAUCCCACCAUAUCAGGCCCUCCUCUUCCGGAUCGCAACUACACGAUACCAAACAAUCCGCCUACAAAGGUGCGAUCGUCUGCGGCAAUGAGUGGAAGACCUCUGCCGAAACGACCUGACGAAGCUCACCAAAGACUUCUGAAAAAUCAGGCAAGUUCAUUAAAUCUAUGA